AAAAAAAAAAAAAUAGCAUACAAUCUUCAAUCCCUCAUCACCAUCCUUCAACAAAUCCUCGAUCACAACAAACCCCAACUCGAAUCCUUACUCCAAAUUGCUGAAUCUCUUAUGUGGAUUCUUGAAAAGUCUUCACCCUCCCAAAUAGCAACUUUGGAGAGUCAAAUCAGAGAAACAUCAUAUAAAGCAGAAGAUAUUAUUGAAUCACAAAUGGUUUAUCAAAUUCUUUCCAAACCCAAAAACAAUAUAUUGACCUUUUUCAAACCCAAACGCAAGAGCUUCGUUCUGCAGUGGUUUUCUUGCAUGAUCUGACACCAGAUUUGCUGCAAGCAACCCAACAACUUCAAUCUAUGAAGCUCGUGGAAGAAUUGGAGGAAAAGAGCGCUUCUUCCUCGAGAUCUAAGAUUGAUUUGGUGGGAGUUGAUGAAGAUUUGUUGCAGUUAAAGGAUCGUCUCACGAAUAUGGAGAGGAAGGUGAAGAUCAUCCCCAUCGUUGGCAUGGGGGGCAUUGGUAAGUCCACCCUUGCUCGAAAUCUUUAUGACGAUGCGUAUAUUGUUUCUCACUUUGAUUAUCGCAGUUGGGCUGUUAUUUCGCAAGUUCCCAAUAUGCGGGAAAUUAUGUUGAGUCUUCUUCGUGGCCUGGAUGAAAAGGUCAGCAAUGAACUGAUUGGACGUGGAGAUUAUGAGUUGAGAGAAAUAUUGCACAAGAGGUUAUUUGGGCGAAGAUACAUAGUUGUGUUGGAUGAUAUAUGGAGCACGAAAUUAUGGGAUGAGAUAAGGAUGUAUUUCCCGGAUAGUAAUAAUGGGAGUCGAAUUGUGAUCACUACUAGGGAGUCUGAUGUGGCGGAACAUGUUGCAGGCUCGGAGAGACUGCAUCAUGUGCAGUUGCUAGACGAGGUUGUCAGUCGGGAUUUACUUUGCCAGAUUGUGUUUGGGGAAGAGGAUUGCCCUAGCGAAUUGCAAGAGGUGGCAGCUAAGAUUGGGAGUGAUUGCAGUGGGCUUCCUCUUGCCAUUCAUGUGAUUGGAGGGCUCUUGUCAAAGGUUGAAAGGUCAAGAGAAGUUUGGGAGAAUCUUUCAACAGAUGUAAAAGCUUCCAUUGUUCAAUCGGACGAGCAUUUCUCCAAUAUACUUUCCUUGAUUUAUUCACUUGAAACCAUGUUUUUUGUAUAUGAGAGCUUUUCCUGAACAUUAUGAGAUUAAGGGAUCUAGACUUAAGAGUAGGUGGAUAGCCGAGGGAUUUGUGAAAUCCAAGGGAGAUAAGAGUUUGGAGGAAGAGGCGAGGAUUACUUAAAAGCUCUAGUGGAGAGGAAUCUACUUUUGGUUACACGAAAAAAAACCAAUGGAAAACCAAUGAGUUACUCAAUCCAUGAUCUUCUCAGGAAUCUGUGCAUAAGGAAGGCUAACAAGGAGAAAUUUUUAAACGUCAAGAAUUGCAUGCGCCGUGUAAGUGUUCAGUCAUCAUAUGAAAUGGAUGAUGUGCGUGCUUCAUCCCAAUUGAUGUCACUUGCUCGAUCUUUUAUAUGCAUUGGUGUGGAGAUUAUACCUCGUAUCUUUUCCGUAUUAAGAUUGGUUAGGGUGCUAGAUGUAAUGGAACUGAUAUACGAGGAGUUACCAGAAGAAAUAUUACAACUUGUGAACCUAUGCUGCUUAGCCUUCUCCUACACUUCGGGUGUACCUAUUGGAAUAUCAAAAUUAUGGAAUCUGCAAACCUUGAUUUGUGGAUACCAUACGUGGCUUGAUUUGCCAUCUGAAAUAUGGGAGAGUUAAGACAUCUGAGAUAAAUGAUAGAAAAAGAUAGAAAAAAGGUGCAAAAAUGGUCAAGGUUCAGCAGCCUCUGUUCGAGCCCAUCUUCCAACGAGUUUGAAGUCCAAUCAGUGCUUAAUACAUGCCAUUCUCUUCGUCUUUGAAAGAGCUUCGCGUGAGUACCUUGAACAUCUAAAUCGGAGUUCUGUGGAGAAAGUUAUGGUUAUUUUACGAACGUUGCGCAGUGUAGUCAAAAUUAGGUGGAAAUUAAGGAAGGAAAGAAAUUGUUGCCAAAUCUCUCCUAUUAAUUGAGGAUUUCGAAUUUACCAUCUUUUCCAUUACUUGGAGGAUACUUUUUUACCAAUUAUAAAUCAUUUUCUAGCCUAUAUAUACCUCAUAACCUAAUUUAUAAUAUUCAUCCCUAAGCCUCCAAUCUUCUCCAUCUCUAUACUUCUUCCAUCCCAUAUUCCACAUAUAAUUCUUCUAUCUUUCAUUAGAGCGGAGCUCUGCAGAUCUAGGUAAGAGAAGACUAAAGAUUGCAUAAUUCAACCUUGGGUUUUGUUUUGUUUUUCUUCAUGUCUAGUACUUUUUGUUGUUUUUACUUGUCUAUGAGUCAAAACAUCUUUUGUAGAAUUUUUGGUAACAUGCUAUGAUUAUAAGUUAUUUAUUCAAUUGUUUUUCCUUGUUAGCUCUUGUAGUUAUUUCGAUUUCUCUUGUGCUUAUACAUUUGUUUGAUUGACCAUCUUAUGAAUGCAUGUGGAUUUUACUACAAUACCUGGGAAGUGAGUAGUUUAAUUUGAAAGAGGAGAAAUUGACGUCUUUGCCAAUAUAAUCGGGAGAUUUGAGCCUUUGAAUGAAAUAAAUUUAUCUUAGGAGUUUUUAGGAGUUGUUGCCUUAGUUUUAGGAAGGUUACUUCGGUUUUAGGUAGCAAUCUACAAAUUGUAUGCUUCGGGAGAAGAUAUAAUUUUACAUAUGUGAUAGCUUAGCAACUCUAGAGACCGUAAUUCAAGAAAGUCUUUUGGAUUUUAGCUUUUGAUUGUGGUCCUAAAACUCUACAUUCCUUAGCCUGUUUUGUAUAUAUUUGUUUUUAUGUUUUCUUUUAUUUGUUUAUUUAUUUCUGUCUAGUUUAAAUAAUCCAACCAAAAAUCCGUGUCUCUAAAUAGUAUAUGACGCUUAGUAUAUAAUAGACGGUUGCAAUCUUAUUCCCUGAGUUCGAUAUUCUGGUACUGACCUUUAGCUAUACUAGAUCUACCUUGUAUACUUGCA